AUGCAUCUGCUUUGUGGAUUCGUCACCUCUGGCGAUAAUCGGCAUAGCUUAUAUUGUUAUUCCUUCCGUUGUUGUUCAGAAUUUUUACUUGAAAGUGUACUUAGCUUUGAGGGCCCGAAAUCACCGGGUGUAAAAAGUCUGCAAAGUCAAAACAGCGAUACUCUUAGGAUGACAACACAAGAAAUCAAGUUAAUCAAGACGAUACUGGUAACAGUACUUGCAUAUGCGAUUUGCCGGGCACCGGUCAUAAUAACGGAUUUGGUGGACCAGGUUCGAGGUGGAUGGGCACAUCCUCGUGGUUUUUAUGUGAUAUACACAGUUUGCGGAAUUGCAAGUUCGUGUAUUAAUCCUGUUGUUUAUGGUGUCAUGAACAAGUCUUUCUGUGGGGAAUACAUAAGGUUGCUGGGACUUAACAAAACUAAAAACUUUGGUAGUUCUUUAGCCUCGGUUAAAAGGUAA